CUUGAACUUUAAAUUACAAUUUUUGUCUUCUCAAGAACAAAUUACAUUGCAAGUGCGAUCAAUUUCGUGCAUGAAUGUCGAGGUAAAGUAGGCAGGAACGCGUUUUCAGUACUUUUAUGACUUUUGUUUCGAUUUCUUUGUCGUUUCGAGUCAUUUUCAAGUGUUUCCAUGUAAUUCGAAUUGCGUUUGAAACACAAUUGCGCCUUCCUAAUAACGUUCUCAUACGUACUUGCCACAAAAAAUUCACUCAUUUAUUAUUUUUAUUACAAGCGAAACCUCAGUAGUAGUGUCGUCGUCAGUAAAUAAACAAUAACAACCGAAAAAAAUGAGUCACUCUGCAAAUAAAGAAUAAUUUUUUUCGUGUUUUUUAAUCAGUUUGUCAUCAUAUAUGUGUACUUACGUCGUCGCGGUAAACAAAGCCUUGAACACUAAUUGACCUCAGGAAUUCCUCAGAAUGAGUUGGAAGAAGGAAUUUGCCGUGUGCUCCGACAGUUGCAACAUCAAACUAAUUCACGGGACAUCGCAUUCGCCCGAAGCCAAAACCUCGACGCCGCUCUUCAAAGGCAUGAUGGUGCAAAUUUACGAGCGCCUGCCAAACAAAAAGUGCAGUAUUAAAGUUUGCGAUUUCCAUAACGAGAACUUUGUGUGGGAGAAUAACUUGUUUUUGUGCAAUUUGAGUAAUUUGCUUGUCGUGUCGCCCGAGUUGUGGCCCUUUUUGAUCGCAAUUACGGAUCCGCACGCGCGUCUCGAGCAUGCCAAAGACCCCGAAUGGGUGCAAUUCAUCACGAAAUCCAACCUGGAUCACAUUGUGCAAGUGUCGGGGCAAGUUUUUACGAAAGAUUUCGCAUAUACGUGCAUUAUACGGUUCAUAGGUCUCGUGCCCGAAAUUGGACCUGGAUAUCAUUUUGGUUUGGAGAUUUUGACUUUGGAUAAUGGCUUUUCACCGCAAGCUGAUACUUUAGACUUUUUAUCGCGUUACGUGUCGUGCGACGAAAAUCUCGCACUCAUCGUUCCCGCCAACCAAGUUCGCCCUCUACCCAAAGAUCGUCAAGGUCACGUGACAGAUAAUAUCUUGAAACGCGGCGUCAACGGAUUAACUUGCGGCGCCUACGAAAUCGUCAAAUCGCUCGACAGACACAUCACGUCAAAACUCUCGUCGAAGAAGCAACAUGAAAAGCCGCAACAACCGACGAGCAGUUUCUACAUCAUACCCGAAGUAAAUAUCGUGAAGGCAAACAGCAGCGAAGAAUUGCAUCAUUUAGUGAAUAUGGAUCCUGCCGCAUCAUCUGGCGGCGUGCCAAAAAGUGUGGGCGUCAAAAAAUCCGUUUCCAUCUCCAAAUCCACGCCAAAUCUCGACAAACAAGAUUCCGGUUCGAGCAGUACGGGAAGCAGCGUCGGCUACAAAAGCGUUCAUUUUGCCAAUCAACUCACGGAUAACGACGAAUAUCUGCGAUAUGUCGAGAAUCACGAGAGAAAUUUGGAGCAACGGAAGAAAAAAUCUUCGAAAACGACAAAAGCAAGUACAAUCCUCAGUUUGGAAGAUCGUGACCUGAUAAUUAUCGAUAAGGCUGACAUCAAGGAGGCGUCAAAGGCGAGCGGCGAUGUGAUAAUUGUUGAUCCGCCGCCAACUUUGACGAGUUCGACGGAGAAAUUGAACCAAAGUGAGAUGGAUUUGAAGGAUAUUUUGGGGGAAAAUUGGCCAAAUGCAGCGGGAGAUCUCGCCCCGUUGCUGAAUAAUGACAAAAAAGCAAAAAUUAUCAGCGGAGGAGCAUCGAGCUCGAGUAGUUCGACGGCAAGCAGUAGUUAUUUGAGGGAGAGAAACAAAUCGGCGAACCCCAUUUCGCAUCUCAUAUCGUCAACGAAAGUCAAAAAGGAACAAUUGGAAGUUAAUGGACAUAAAAGAAGCAACAGCACACAUCUUGAACAUCUCAUACCGGCACCUGUUGUCACAAAUGACACAGAACCUUUCAUCCCGACGCCCUUGAAUGAGAUUCCCGGCACGAGUUUGGGCGUUGGAUCGAUGGUAGAAGUGUCAACGGACAUCAGUGAGAACCUUUACGGCGUCAUUCGAUGGAUCGGAAGCACGCAAAAUGGAAAUAACAAUCGAAUUAUCGUCGGAGUCGAACUGGAAGAGGAACAAAAUGAUCGCCCAUUGCUCCUAACUGACGGAAUUUACAACGGAAUUCGACUUUUUCGAUGUCCCCCGAAUCGUGCGUUGUUCGUGCAUCCCUCGCAGUGCAGCAAAGAUCGAAGAUUUGUCGAAGAAGCGAAAAGUUCGCGUUCCAGCCAAAUUCUCGAUGGCAAAAAAAUGUUCGGGCAAGUUGAUUGUCCAAUCGUAGAGGGUUCUGUGCCUCCUUUGAAAAUCAUCAAACCCGAAGAUCUCGACGCCGUUUGCGGUAAAUUCAAGGGCAUCCAAGGACAUCACAAUUCGUGUUACCUCGACGCGACACUUUUCUCAAUGUUUACCUUUACCUCAGUAUUUGACUCGCUCCUGUUUCGCCCAAAAGAGCCGGAAGACAAUAACAACUACGAGGAAAUCCAAAAAGUGCUUCGGGAGGAAAUUGUGAAUCCUCUGCGGAAAAGUAUGUUUGUGCGAGCGGAUCGUGUAUUGAAAUUCCGACAUCUGCUGGAUAAAAGUAGUUCGGUAACGGGACUUACGACGGAAGAAAAAGACCCGGAGGAGUUUUUGAAUUGCCUUUUAUCACAAAUUAUGAGAGCGGAUCCAUUUUUGAAGUUGAGUUCAGGUUUAGACGCCUUCUACUAUCAGUUGUUCGUGGAAAAGGAUGAACGCCUUAGUCUGCCUUCGGUUCAGCAGCUUUUCGAACAGAGUUUUCUGCAAUCUGACAUCAAGCUGAAAGAAGUGCCGUCUUGUUUGAUCAUUCAAAUGCCUCGUUUCGGGAAGAAUUACAAAAUGUAUCCGCGGAUUUUGCCGUCGCAAGUGUUGGAUGUCACGGAUAUCAUUGAAGAUUCUCCUCGACAAUGCACGGUGUGCGGAAAGUUGGCAGAAUACGAGUGUCGUGAGUGUUUUGGGAUGUUGCAAUGCGGUGUGGGCUUAGAAAGUACAGCUUUUUGCAAAAAGUGUCUUGAAACAGCGCAUUCACAUUCAAAAAGAACAAAUCACACUCCAAAACCCUUAUCUGUGCCACACGAUUUCAAAAUAAUGUCUGAACAUUGUCCCGUUCCGCGACUUUUUAUGGAGCUCUUCGCUGUCGUAUGCAUCGAAACGUCGCAUUAUGUCGCCUUCGUGAAAGCUGGCUUCGGACAAGAUGCGCCAUGGUGCUUUUUCGACUCGAUGGCGGAUCGCAAAGGCGAACAGAAUGGCUACAAUAUCCCCGAAAUGGUAUCCGUACCUGAUUUACCGCAAUGGCUGUCGGAAGAAGGAGCUCGCACGUUGCACGAGUUAGCGCCCAGUGAUAAAAUGCUACCCGAGCACGCGAAACGCCUCAUGUGCGACGCUUACAUGUGCAUGUACCAAAGCAGUGACAUCAUGAUGUACAGAUAAAGAUGUGAAAUCGAAUUUAAAAAAUUUACAUGACACUUAUCGAGUUUGACAUGAAUGGUUUCCCAGUUUCAUCUACAAAAAAAAAAAGAAAAAAAUAUAUUUAGUACCUUUUGACAAGGACUUUGAUAAUUUUCAUAAUUUUUUGUGACUAUCAUCUAAAACUAAAAAUAUUUACUAAACUCCUAAAUUAGAACAGAAACAGGACACGAGUUAAAUGUGCUUCUCUUUUUACCUUUUUGACGAAAAAAAAAACUUUUUAGAGUUAGACUGCUUUGCAUCUAUUUAGUGAGAAAAAAAUCGUGUACCAAAAUUUUUGCAACUCUUGAGAAAAAAAGAGUCCAAGAAAGCAAUUUCAAAUAUAUUUAAUCGUAUAAUAAAAAGAAAAAAUAGUGAAUAGUGAAAAAACUGACUUAUAAAAUAAAUAUUAAAUAACUUGAAAAGCUUAUUGGUCAUAAAUUUGCUAUUAAUAGAAAAAUAUUUGGGAGUCGUCGUGAUUUUUUUCACGAAAUGACAAACUUAAAAGAAAAAUAAAACUUAGAACUGACCUGAUAAUUAAAAAAAAAAUAUUGGAUAACAAAAACUUUAAUUAAUGAUAGAAGAGAAAAAAUAUGUUAUAUUAAUAGUGAUAUUUAAGAGAAA